GCUUAGGGAGAGAUACGGGAUCAACCCCAAGCUUGAAAGUAACUCUCAUCAACAAUAAACUUGUUAUAUAAACCUAUCGUCUUAUAUAAUUUAUUUGGUAACACCUAGGCGAAACUCAACCUCGAUUUUCACCAUGGCGUCAACAUGGGUUCCUGACGUUUCUCCCGAUACUCCAUUUUCCCUAGCUAACAUUCCGUUUGGUAUCGUCAGCUCCGCUGCCGACCCCGCGCCACACGCCGCAAUUGCCAUUGGAUCUCAUGUGCUCGACCUCAAGGCUCUGUCAUCAUAUGAGAAUUUUAAUGAAAUAUUCCCGUCGUUAAAAGAUCAUAAUGAAAUUUUUUCAAAGCCAUCAUUAAACGAGUUCGCAGCCUUAGGGCGCCCGGUUCAUCGGGAGGUUCGGGGGAUCAUCCAGGAUCUCCUAUCUUCCGAAACAUCCCGACCCAAUGUCUUAAAGGAUAAUGCAGAACUUCGAGAGAAAGCACUGCUUCCUCAACGGAGUGUUAAGAUGCAUUUGCCUAUGACUAUUGGCGACUACACAGAUUUCUACGCUGGUUUUCAUCAUGCCUAUGUUGUCGGAGCAUUGUUCCGCGGACCUCAGACGGCUCUGCAGCCGAAUUACACCCAUCUUCCGGUCGGAUACCACGGACGGUCAUCCAGUAUCAUAGUUUCGGGUACACCAAUCAAACGUCCUGUUGGUCAAAUCCUUCUCGACCCGACAGCGGAACCUAAGCAACCCACCACCGCUGCUAGUAGACGUCUAGAUAUUGAAUUAGAGCUAGGUUGCUUUAUCGCGACCCCCAAUGAGAUGGGCACUUCAAUCAAAGUUACGAAUGCCGAAGAUCAUAUUUUCGGUUACGUUCUGUUAAAUGAUUGGAGCGCGCGGGAUAUUCAGGGUUGGGAGUACAUCCCGCUGGGACCUUUUAACGGGAAGAAUUUCGCUACCACUAUCAGCCCGUGGGUCGUCCUUGCAGACGCCUUGGAACCGUUCCGCACUAGGGGAAUUGAUAAUUGGACACCACUACAGGAUUAUCUGAAUGAAGGCAAGGAAAAUAACAUCUUAGACAUUGAACUACAAGUCGACCUAGAGACUCCCCAAGGUGAUGCGACGACGAUAUGUACAACAAGUUCGAAGUAUCUCAUCUGGUCAUUCCCCCAAAUGAUCGCGCAUCAUUCUCUUGGCGGAUGUCCUCUGAGAACUGGUGAUCUUCUCGGAUCAGGAACGAUAAGCGGACCUUCACUGCGCGAAAAAGGGAGUCUUCUCGAGCAAAGUGAAGGUGGGAAAAAGGAUAUCAUGCUUUACGGCAUGGACGUGCGCCGUUUUCUAAAGGAUGGAGACACCGUCACAAUCCGCGGUGUCUGUGGAAAACCAGGUGAGCGAGUUGGCUUUGGCGAGUGUGUAGGGCGCAUACUAGGAGCUACACAGCCUUAACGCUAUAGAUCGAAAGUAAUGCGAUAGACCUAGGAGGGAUAAAUCAUCUAUAUAUCCUCAGCUUGAAUGCGAUACUAUUACAUACGCAUCCAACUUCACUUUAAGCUAGGUAUAACAUAUGCGUGGACAUAAACCGACCUACCCAUCAGCUCUUAUUUACGAGAGUGCCAACAAAAUAGAAUCGCACGUUCAGUGAGAAAAAAAACCAAUUCAGUGCAUCAAGAUGGCGCUCAAUCACUAUAAUUAUAGGGGUUAGGCGCCAUAGCGCCAGGUACCAUGCGCCGAAAUCUGGCGAAAUUACCACGAGUUUUAGCGCGCUAUACCUGUAAUUACAGAGCUACAUAGCGGUUGGAUACACGAUAACUUAUGUAAGCGGGUAUUACUAAAUCAAUUCGUAGCUAAACUACCUAAUCAGUCAUUAUGUCAGCCGAAGCCAUGAUUACUAAUCAACCCCUUUUCAUCUUCGCCAUCUCAAUCAUUUUCAUGUGGCCAAGAGCCCGGUACAGAAUAAGAAACAUUCUUCUUGACCGUCUUGGCCACCUCUGGGUGUAUCUCAUUGACAUUCCAUUCUAGAUCCCAAUUCUCUGGAUUAGCACCAUAAUGAAUAUUGCGAAGCGUCACACUCCCUAAUUGGUUAUGAACACG